UUGAUGGAUCGAUAUCAGUUGCCGUUUGAGCAUUCAGCCUAAAGCAGUAGCAGUUCUUUGAAGCCUGUAAUCAAAACCAACCUCUCAACCAUGAACACCAUCGCUGUCGUUACCGUCAUUUUGGCCGCUGUUUGCGGUUCAUUGGCUGCCCCAUCGUAUGGAGCUGCUCCAGCCUACCCAGCUGCACCGGCAUACGGCCCACCAGCACCAGCUUAUCCAGCUCCAGCUCCAGCUUACGCUCCAGCUCCAGCUCCAGCCUACGCUCCAGCUCCAGCCUACGCUCCAGCUCCAGCCUACGCUCCAGCCCCAGCACCAUACGCCGCUAAGCCAGCCUAUGCCCCUGCACCAGCCUACGCUCCAGCCUACCCACCCAAGACCUACACCUACCCAAGUCCACCACCAGCAGUUAAGUGCGGCCAAAAUCUUCUCAUCGGUUGCGCUCCAGCCGUGAGCACCGUUCCAUGCCAACCACCUCCACCAGCAUACCCAGCACCAGCACAUUAUGCCCCAGCUCCAGCACCAUACGCCGCUAAGCCAGCAUACGCUCCAGCCCCUGCCUACGCUCCAGCUCCAGCCUACGCUCCUGCCCCAGCACCGUAUGCACCAAAACCAGCCUACGCCGCUCCAGCCCCUGCCUACCCAGCACCAAAACCAUACUAGAAGAUCUUCUGCGACGAUGAUCAACGUAUGACAACAAUGGACCGACCAGCAGAUUGAAAUUGGACAUCGAUUUAUCUUCUAUUUUGAAAAUUCAUUUCAAUUAAGCUUAAAAGCAUUGGUUAUCAAUGUAUCAAAUUCUGCAAAUAAAAAAAAUCAAUUAAAAAAAAUCACAUGAAACAAAAAAAAAA